UCCGUCUCCACAACUGCAACUCACCUUGUGCGGUAUCGGCCUAUCAGCGGUGGCUUCCGAUACGGCCGAGGGUGUUUUUCUCGAGUCAAAGCAUCUGCCGUGAAUGGCACAGUGACAGGAUCGAUGCCCCUUUCGACGCUCAAAGUGAGCUAAUCAGUGGGGGGGGACUACAGAAUGUCCUCUUGCAAUCCUGUUUGCUGGAACCACGUCAGCAGAGACCUUCUUAGCUUGGUGUCAGUCCGAUUCACUGAUUGGACACUGAGAUGGCGGGUUCGGUUUUCGGGAAGGAAGCUUGGCUUCGGGUGGAUCGUCUCGCACUUGUUGCAACUGGUGAGCAUGAAGGACCACUGGUUCCAAGACUUGCACAUCAUCCUCAGACUUGUGUUGAAUUGCUCAUUGAUGAAUCGUCUCUUACGGGAACUGUCUUGAAUGGACUCAUGCACCAAAGAUGGCACCCACCACAAACGGAAAUGCCCAGCUCCCACCGGCACACGGAGUCGCCAUCUGCGGCAUCGGACUACGCCUUCCCGGAGGUAUCCGCAACGGUCAUGAUUUCUGGGACCUCCUGAGGAACUCCAAGGACGCACGCAGUGCCAUCCCUGAGAGCCGCUAUAAUAUCCAAGGAUUUGAUGACAGCCUGGGGGGCAAGGAAGCCAUAAAGGUCAAACAUGGCUACUUUCUUGACGAAGACCUGGCAACCCUGGACACAUCGUUUUUCACAAUAACGAAGAACGAGCUGGAGAAGACCGACCCUCAGCAGAGACUACUCCUCGAGGUAGUCCGGGAGUGUCUGGAGGAUGCAGGCGAAGUCAACUAUCGGGGAGAGCAGGUCGGGUGCUACGUGGGGACAUUCGGGGACGAUUGGUUGAUAAUGAGCGCCAAAGAAUCCCUACAGGGAGGCGGCUAUUUAGUGACCGGACACGGUGAUCUCAUGAUGGCCAACCGUGUCUCGUAUGAAUACGAUUUUCGAGGUCCCAGCAUGGUAAUCAAGACGGGUUGUUCGGCUUCGCUCAUCGCUCUUCAUGAAGCUUUCCGCGCCGUCCGAAACGGCGACGCCGUAUCUGCAGUUGUUGGUGGCACCAGCAUGAUCACGACUCCCACACUCACAUCGACAAUGUCCGCGGGGGAGCUGCUCGCUGCCGAUGGUUCAUGCAAGACCUUCGAUGCUGCAGCCGACGGGUAUGCCAGAGCUGAGGCCGUCUCCGCAAUCUAUAUCAAGCGGCUCGAAGACGCCAUCCGUGACGGCAAUCCCAUCAGAGCUGUCAUCAGCGGCUCAGCUACGAACUGUGAUGGGAAGAGUGCGAGUCUGGUUACCCCAAAUGGAGUUGCGCAGGAAGCACUCAUCAGGGAAGCCUACAAGGAUGCUGGCUUGGAUCUACACGACACAGCUUUCAUCGAGUGUCACGGUACCGGAACGCCUACCGGAGACCCGAUCGAAACAUCAGCGGUAGGAAGAGUGUUUGGCGAGUCGGGCAUCUACAUCGGCUCGGUAAAGCCCAACCUCGGGCAUUCGGAGGGCGCGUCGGGCCUCACGUCCGUAAUCAAGUCUAUCCUGGCCCUUGAGCACAGGAUAAUUCCCCCGAACAUCAAGUUCAAUAACCCCAAUCCCAAAAUUCCUUUCUCUAAGUACAACUUGACCGUCCCUGUCAUUCCGACGCCGUUUCCGCCAGACCGGCGAGAGAGGAUUAGCAUCAACUCGUUUGGGAUCGGUGGCAGCAAUGCGCACGUGAUUCUCGAGGCAUAUGCUCAGAGGGGCACCGCAACCCAGAACGGACCCCAGAACGGAAUCCGGAAUGGAGUCCAUAAUGAAAUUGCAAAUGGCACUCGGACGGACACGGCAAUCCAGAACGGAAAUGCCAAUGCAAUUCAGGCGGACACGACAAUCCAGAACGGAACUACCAAUGGCAGCAGGCACACGACGACUCCACCGAAUGGCACAACCUCUCCAAAUCCAGAAUUGAUCCUCUUUUCCGCGAAUACGGAGGUUUCCUUGAAACAACAGAUCUCUCGUCACCAGGACUGGAUUCGCCUUAAUCCAUCAUCCUGCUCCGACGCCGCCUACACCCGGGCCUUGCACAGAGAGCACUUAUCGCAGAGGGCGUUUGCCAUUCUCAAUGACGGUGGUUUCAUCGAGACUUCUGGUGGAGUCAAAACACCGCAGGAAGUACCUGCUAUUUUUAUGGUCUUCAGUGGACAGGGAGGUCAGUGGCCAGAGAUGGGCAAGGAGUUGAUCCUAAACGAUUCCAACUUCCGCAACGACAUCUCAAGCAUGGGUCGAAUACUUGGAGACCUGAGACAUCCGCCUCCAUGGAAUAUGCUAGAUGAACUCCUGAAACCUGCUAGUUCAAGCCAGAUCCACAAAGCAGAGCUAUCGCAACCUCUUUGCACAGCAAUCCAAGUGGCCCUAUUCAACAAGUAUGCGGCUCUUGGAGUCACACCAACUGCUGUUGUCGGUCACUCUAGCGGAGAGAUAGCGGCGGCGUAUGCAGCCGGCUAUCUUUCAAUGGAAGAAGCGAUCAUCAUUGCCUACUACCGCGGAUAUGUCACGACAAAGCAGAUUCUUGACGGGGGCAUGGCGGCCAUCGGCAUAGGAGCGCACGACCUCUCCGAUUUCCUGCGAGAAGGCGUGGUGCUGGCGUGCGAGAACAGUCCGAGCAGCUCUACGAUCUCGGGAGAUGCUUCCAAAGUCCGUGAGGUCGUUGAGGCUAUCAAACAGAAGAUGCCUGAUGUGCUUGCUCGGGCGCUCAAGGUUAACAUGGCAUAUCAUUCCCAUCAUAUGAUACCCCUGAGUUCAGAAUAUCAGCAGCUGAUAGCAGCGGAAACAAAGAACCAGGAGAGGAUGAGGCCGCAACCUAAUGCCAUCGUCUUCUUCUCAUCGGUUACCUCCAAGGCUAUGGAUGAUUCUCCACUGGGUCCGUCAUAUUGGGCAAGUAAUCUCACAUCCCCGGUGAGGUUCUCGUCAGCAACCUCGAACUUGUUGGCUCUCAAGGGCGACGGCCUCUUCUUGGAGAUUGGCCCACACUCGACAUUGGCCGGACCCUUGCGGCAGAUCUGUGCGACCCUGUCUCGACCUUGCAAUUAUGUCCCGGCCUUGACUCGAGGGAAAGAUUGUGCAGCCAGCUUCCUCUCGUCGAUAGGGAAGAUGUACCAGGAAGGCGUUGCCCUCGAUCUUAGGCCCUUAUUCCCAAGGGGCAAGGCAAUUCCAGGACUACCAACAUAUCCGUGGGAUCACAGUGGCGGCUCAUACUGGUACGAGAGUCGCGUCUCAAAAUCCUGGAGAAGCCGCCAGUAUCCCCACCAUUCCCUGUUAGGCGCCAGAGUCUUGGAAGGCACGGAGACGGAGCCUCAGUGGCGGAACAUCCUCCAGCUCGAGGAUGAGCCUUGGUUGGCCGACCACAAGAUACGCCACGACGUCGUAUUCCCUUUCGCGGGAUAUGUCGCUCUCGCCGGCGAGGCCGUGCGGCAACUCACACACUCAUCACACGACGUUGGCUACCGCCUCCGGCAUGUCGUCACCCACACUGCCCUUCUCUUAUCCGACUCUUCGCCGACAGAACUGAUGACCAGCUUGCGACGCCACAAGCUUAACGACAACGAAGACUCGGAGUGGUUUGACUUCUCCGUCACGUCUUAUAACGGUUCGACGUGGAUUCAACACUGUGGCGGGCGCGUGGCCAUUUGCAAGGAGGCGGAAAUGAGGUCCAGCCACUGGAAGACAGAGAACCUGCCCCGGGUUGUCAACUGCUCUCAGAUCUACGACAACCUUGCAAAAGUCGGCUUCGUCUACGGACCCGAGUUCCGCGGCCUUGCGAGCGUCAUGUCGUCAACCGUAGAAGAUGUCGCACACGGCCAGGUCGUCAAUAAUAGAAGCCCGCAGAGUCGCUUCCCAUUCACGCUCCACCCGGCGGCAAUCGACGCCUGCCUUCAGCUGCUCCUCGUUGCCAGAGCACGUGGUCUCGGACGCAAUAUUGCGCAUCUCUGUCUCCCCACUGCCAUUGAGGACUUGGUGAUAGGUCCUGGAGCCGACGUGAUGGAUGCCAGAGCGUCGAUUCAGUACGGCAACGCGGACUUCCCCUUCGUCGAAUGUGUCGCAGACGGCAAGUUGGUGCUGCACGCAUCGGGCAUCGAGUUCCGCCCCCUCAACGACGACACGUCUGAGGUGGACGACGUCCACGCAGCCGCAAGGUUGCAGUGGCUUCCUCACUUCGACUUCGUCGACAAGUCUACCCUAUUUAUACCUCCCAGUUCGGACAGGGCCGAAACCCAGCUGCAGGAAGAGCUGGGGCUGCUGUGCAUUCUCGAGACGGCGGACAGGGUGCGAUACCUAGAGCCCGGCCAGCCGCAUUUCGCCAGGUUCCGCGACUGGCUGAACCAGCAGAUCGGGUUCGCUGCAGCCGGGAGGUACAAGCUCGUCGAGGACGCUGAACAAUACGUGAGGCUCUCGAGUUCCGAGAGGCAGGCCAUGAUAGACGACCGCACCACCGCGCUAUUAGAACUGCCGAAAAGCGCCUUCGCGGUCGGAGCCAGACGUAUCCUUGACAACGUGCAGAGGAUCUUCACUGGCGAAGCCGACACCCUGGAUAUCCUCUUGCAAGACAAUAUUCUCGCCAGGAUCUACGACGUCAUGUCCUUUGACUAUUCGAAGUUCGUCCGCGUCCUGUCCCACACCCGGCCGAGACUCCGAAUCCUCGAGGUGGGUGCCGGAACCGGCGGGACUACGGAGACCAUCCUGCGGAGCCUGGUCGACGUAGCUGGACUACCGGGAUAUUCAACAUAUACAUUCACCGACGUGUCCGCCGGCUUCUUCCCGGCUGCAAAGGAGCGUUUCGCCUAUGCUCCGAACAUGGAGUUCAAAGUUGUCGACGUUACCAAGGAUCCAGCCACGCAGGGCCUCGAACGAGAGUCGUACGAUCUCAUCCUAGCUGCCAAUGUCCUCCACGCAACGCCUUCCCUGAAGGAGACGCUGAGCAACCUACGGCCUCUCCUCAGGCCGGAUGGGAUGCUUGUCAUGACGGAACUCUGCAGCCUCUCGCGACCGUCAAACUACAUAUUCGGCAACUUUUCGGGAUGGUGGCUGGGCGAGGCAGAUGGCCGUCCGGACCAGCCGUAUGUAUCUGUGUCGCGAUGGGACGAGGACCUGAAGUCUGCCGGGUUCACCGGGGUUGACAUGGCUGUAUACGAUGACGACGAACCGUAUCGACAAUUCGCCGUGAUGAUGUCUAAAAGGGAGGCUCAGGAAAACCCCAAACCGUCCAAGGUUACUGUCUUGUCGGAUGACAUCGAAGGCGAAGUUGCUCGUACGGUGGCGUCCUCGAUCCUGACCCUCGGUUGGGAUGUAACACGAUGCACCUUCGGAAGCGACGACCUUCCCCAAGACCAGGAUAUUAUUUCCUGCCUCGAUCUCGAGACCAAUUUCUUCCACGAUAUGACAGCAGACAGAUUCGCAGCUUUCCAGCGGUUCCUCGGCUCCGUUGGCUCCAGCAGACUGCUCUGGCUAACACGCCCCCUCCAAAUCAACUGCCGCGAUCCGCUCUCAGCCCAGACCCUCGGUGUAGCCCGAACCAUCCGGUCAGAACUCGGACUCCAGUUCUACACUCUCGAGAUCGACAGCAAGAAGGAGCAGCACUUCGGCCCACUCGUCGCCAACAUAUUCGAGAAAAUCCUCCGCGACGACGAAAGAGACAACCACAGCCUAGAAUCCGACAAGGAAUUCGCCAUCAACAACGGAGCCAUCUGCAUAGGCCGGUACCGCCCCUUCUCCCUCGCCGACGAAGUCCGUUCCAAGAGCACCACUACCCAAGCCCAGACGACAACAUACCUAGACAUCGAAAAGCCCGGAAUCCUCGAAACCCUGACCUGGAAGUCCCGCCCCACGGCCCCCAGCAUCCCCGCCUCCCACGUCGAAAUCGAGGUCCGCUCCGCCGGCCUCAACUUCCGCGACGUCGUCUACGCGGCCGGCCUGAUCAGCAGCAGCAGCAGCUCCGGGCGGAAGUCACGUGUGCCCCUCGGGAUGGAAGUCUCGGGCACGGUGCGGCGGCUGGGCAGCGGAGUCGGAGUCGGUGGUGAUGGUGGUGGUGGUCUCGCCGUGGGAGACCGCGUCAUGGCGUUUACGCACGAGGGAGGGUUCGCGACGCACGUCGUUGUGGCCGAGAGUUACGUGCUGAAGAUCCCCGACGACAUGGGCUUUGAGCAGGCGGCGACGGUGCAGGGAUGCUUCGCGACGGUGGUGUAUGCCCUGCUCGAUGCGGGGCGGUUGCGCAGGGGCAUGUCCGUCCUGGUGCACUCGGCCUGCGGGGGUGUCGGGCUGGCGGCUAUCCAGGUUGCGCAGAUGAUGGGUGCCGAGGUCUUUGCCACUGUUGGGAGCGAGAAGAAGGUGGCGCAUUUGGUUGCUCAUUAUGGUAUCCCGCGCGACCGGAUAUUUUCUUCCCGGGAUCCGUCUUUCCUUGACGGGGUCAUGCAGCGAACCGGCGGGAAGGGUGUUGACCUUGUUCUGAAUUCGCUUCCGGGGGAACUGCUGCACGCAUCGUGGAAGUGUGUGGCAAAGCACGGAACCCUUCUCGAGUUGGGGAAGCGCGAUCUCGCGGGCUACGGCCAGCUCGACUUGAGCCGGUUCCUGGAUAAUCGGUCGUAUUGCGGUAUUGAUGUUGCAUAUUUGGUUCGGGAACAGCCCAUGAUAAUCCGGGACGUAUUACAGAGGACUCUUGACUUCUGCAAACAAGGAUUGCUCCGGCCCCUGGAACCCGUUACUUCGUUUAAGGCGGCAGACGUUAAACACGCUUUUCGUCAUCUCCAGGCGGGAGAGCAUAUCGGAAAGAUCAUUUUGAAUUUGCCAGAGGACGCCUCCGGCCUUGAGGCGGUUCCAGAACCUCAGCUGGUAGAGUUCGAUGCAGACUCGGCUUACUUGCUUGUCGGUGGUGCAGGAGGCCUGGGGAAAUCCCUUGCGACCUGGCUGGCCGAAAGAGGUGCUGGGCACCUUGUCUUCCUUUCAAGGAACGCUACGGUUAGCGCGGAGAGCAGUUCCAUCUCCGCAGAGUUGGAGUCUAUGGGAUGCUCGGUCACAAUGGUCAGUGGGAGUAUCAACAACGUUGAAGACAUCCAGAAAGCCAUUCGAGUCUCCCCAGCCCCAAUCAAAGGCGUCUUUCAGCUUGCGAUGGUGCAAAGGGAUUCUCCAUUCAGUGACAUGAAAUGGACUGACUGGAUUGACGCCAACGACCCAAAGGUACGCGGGACGUGGAAUCUCCAUCAGGAAUUUUCGGGCCAUUCCCUGGACUACUUCUGGCUAGCCAGCUCUACUGUCACAGUCGUCGAUCAACCGGGACAGGGGAAUUACAAAGCCGGGUGCACUUUCCUCGAAGCUUUCUGUCAGUACAGACACUCGUUGGGCUUGCCAGCUUCUGUGCUGUGUAUCUGUCCGAUCAACGAUGUCGGUUAUGUUGCAGACAACCCGUGGGCAUUGCGCAACAUCAAGUUGCAGGGUCUGUACACUCUUGGGGAGAAGGAGUUCCUGGAGAACGUGGAGGCCUCACUGCUGAAUUCUUCUCCCCAACCAUCCUCGGGUCCUGUCGUCUUGGCAAACGCUGCCCUUGAAUCACCGUGGGAAAGCACUGCACAGAUCAUCAUGGGCCUAAGAUCAGAGCUCCAUUUGGACGAUCCCAAGAAUCCGACAAACUGGCGUCGAGAUCGUCGAAUGGGAAUGUACCACAACAUUCCUGUCAAAGAAGCCUCCAAGACCGGUGGGGAAAGCAGUCGUCUGAAGCAGUUCCUGCAAGGCUUAGCAGAUGGUGACCCGGGCAACAUUUUGGCGGACGAGUCAUCCAUUGACUUCCUCGCCGUGGAAACUGGCAGGAAGAUCUAUGACUUCCUCCUGAAGCCGGACGCUGAAAUUGACGUCGGACUUAGCCUGUCACAGAUGGGCCUCGAUUCCCUCACGGCGAUUGAGCUGAGGAGAUGGUUCCGGCAAGCAUUCGGGUUGCAGGUCAGCGUGCUUGAGAUUAUGGGCGCUGCCUCGCUGAGACACCUUGGAGAGACUCUGGCCGGUAAACUCAGAGAGAAACAUACACAUUGAGUUGGGAAAGGGACCAGAGAGAUUGCAAAUUGGCCACCCAGGAGGUAAUUAUUUGCUAAUUAUUUGCUAUUUGCGUUUGAAAUUGUCGGGAACGCGUUUAUGACAUGACGACACACCUCAUUCCUUUAAGCUAGUGUUGACUGGACGGUAAUAUUAAUACCAAAACACUUGCUAAUAUGUGCUCUAAUUACCCGAACAGCUUGUAGAGCGAGU